CUUCGGGACUUGUCCUCUUCUGUUUCAGCAGGCUGGUAUCUCUGGUCUGGACGGCGUCUGUGCGAUGCUUCCCGGAUACUCAUCCUGUGUUUGGACUGGUGUAUAACUCGGGGAGGCUCGGAAGGGUGUAUUGCGCCUUGCUUGUCCUCAACCAUGACCUCCACCGGGCUUGAACAGGUCAAAGUUCAUCUGGACGUACUUCUGCGCCAUGCCUCCGCCAUAAUCUCUCGCCACCGCAAUUUUCUUGCUGUUGCAGUCCCAGCGACCCUUCUCUCCCUCUGCAUUCCGACUAUGUUUCGCGACUACCGUGCAUAUCUCAGCCUCGGAGAGGGUGGUCUCCCAUACAACCCCAUAGGGUGGAUCCUGUCGAGCGCUCUUGGUAUCUUUGGCCGCGAGACCAUUAGCAUCGAGCUCUAUGACAGUAUGCCGGAGAAACGCUCGUGGCUCGCCGGGCCUCUGCCUCAGCGCGAAGGACCACGCCCCACCAUCGGCAAACAUGUCAUCCCCCAUCGCCAGAUUGACCAAUUCCCGCCGGAGUCGCUGAAGCCUGCUGCUCGUGGUCUCAUCCAAGUGAUGCACGAGCGGCAUCCCACGACCACCAGGAUGCAGCCGUCUGCCCACGAAGGGCACGCCCUCGCGCUCUUCGUGGUACUAGACGCACCAUGCCCCAUCGCGGACAAAGCAGUUAACCAACAUCGCGGUCGCGAGAUCGAGCACGUGCACCCUCUGCUCGAUUGCAGUUACCACGCGCUGCUUGCGCCGCAAGACUGCAAGGAGGUCAUCGCGAAGGGAUGGGGCGAAAGGCACCCGCUGAGUGGCUGCUUCGGCGACAAGGAUCUACAAGCGAAUUACUUGUUCAUCUAUGCCCCGCGUUCGGAACAGGAGCUGGAGAUCAUCACUCGUAUAUUGGAGGCUUCUAUCGGGUACAUGACGCUGGACGAGUCGUCGGUUGCCAAGGCUGGUGAGUUUGCGUGGUUUUUAUACCCCAAGACGCGCCUGAGAAACGAUUCGUCCUGCAGUAGUCUAGUAGUAUGGUAAAAUGUGCGCUAUAGGUAUUCUUGUGCCUCGAGGUUGUAGUGCAUAAUGUUCAUUGAGCGCCAGGCAGGUACAGUAGUCCUUCAAUGAAGGACCCCAGCGAACCUCACGGGCAUCCGCCCAUUGACUUGCCUAGUAUACGAGCGCUCGCCAGCGGAGGAAGUCGCAGACCUUGCUUAGUCCCUACGGUGACCACAGUCCUGGGGUAGGCACUGAUGUAGACGCCUGCCCAUGCUCAUUAGCCUACAUAGUAAUCAGAGUCCGAUGUACACGCCAACGAGGUCAAUUAGGCAGCGAACUGUUUGUUAAGUGGCA